AUCUCUUUGUCUCUCGUUCGUCUAUAAAAUGCUCCUCAAGUGGCUUUACCGACGCAGCGAACAUGAGUGCGAGUACUUCGAAUUCAUUGGAGGCAUCUACACAUGCAGGUGGCUCAGGAAAGAAGGUUAGGAAACCUUAUACUAUCACCAAGUCCAGGGAAGUAUGGACUGAUGAAGAGCAUACUAAAUUUCUUGAAGCUCUGCAACUGUAUAAUCGUGACUGGAAGAAGAUUGCAGAUUUUGUCAAUUCAAAAACAGUAAUUCAGAUACGGAGCCAUGCCCAAAAAUACUUUCUGAAAGCCCAGAAAAAUGGUAUAAUUGCACAUGUACCUCCUCCUCGCCCCAAGUGCAAAGCUGCUCAUCCUUAUCCACGGAAGGCACCCAAGAAUGCUGAUAAUGGAUCAGAGGGGGUUAUAAGGACAGGUAACAGCAACUUUAAUGGUAUUGGAAGCUCAAGUAGAUUUUGGCCCAGUUGCGACAUACCAAGGCAAGGAGAGCAAGGGUCUCUACUUCAUGGUACUCCAGACAUUACUAAAAUAUAUCGUUUCAUUGGAAGUGUCUUCGACCCAGACUCUAAAGGUCAUGUCCAGAAGCUGAAGGAGAUGGAUCCCAUUAAUAUUGAAACAGUCUUGUUGCUGAUGAGAAACCUGAACAUCAAUUUGUCUACCAUGAUUUUGAACCAAGUCAACCAAUUAGGUGGGUUUUAUCAUCAAAUGAUGUCAUUACCAAAAGCUUCAGAGGUGCUGCAGACUGCAGUAGCAAUUGUUACAAGCGAGAACAAUGAUCAACCAAGUUGAACUGCUGGAAGCUUUCUGUAAUCUAUCUUCCUUCUCUUUUAUACCAGCAAUAUUGUCUGGGUGGUGGAAAUGCAUUUCCUG